UGCUCACAAUCAGUUCAGCUCAGCUCGGAAACACGUACGCUAGUAAUGCUGGGCUCAGACGACCACGGAGAGACUCUCAAACGGAACGGUACCGGAAUGAAGCGCCCACUGAGUCCUGUUGAAGACGGGUUGCUGACCGAACAGACUGGGCAUGAGGGCAUGUCCUCUGAUGGGGUGGAGUUUAUAAGACAGGACGUCCCACCUAUAAACUCUCGUCCGAAGCGGGAGCGCAAACACAGGUCGUUCACACUCUGUGAAGUGUGCAACAUUCAGCUGAACUCCGCAGCACAAGCACAGAUACACUACAAUGGCAAAACACACCAGAAAAGACUCAAACACAUAAACAACAGCAGCACAGGUAUGGCUGCUCAGGGGAGCCCCCUGCUGGCCUCAUUACCGGUGCAGGGUCGCCCACUGCAGACCCCUCUGGACCUGAAACACUUCCUGCCCUUCCGGCUCAGUGGCUCCUCCCCCCUCAACCUGUUCCCCAACUUCAACACUAUGGACCCGGUGCAGAAGGCUGUGAUAAACCAUACGUUUGGUGUUCCUCAGUCCCUGAAGAAAAAACAGGUCAUCUCAUGUAAUAUCUGCCACCUGCGCUUCAACUCCACGAAUCAGGCUGAGGCUCAUUAUAAAGGCCAUAAACAUGCUCGUAAGCUGAAGGCAUUAGAGGCUCAGAAGAACAAACAGCAGAGGCGACAACUCGACAACACACAUCACAACCGAGACAGAGAGAAGGACCGAGAGAGGGAAAGGGAGAGAGACAGCAGCCAAGUGAAAAUGAGCGCUCCAGAUCUGCUUCCUACCCUGCUGGAUGACACCGCCGUGGAGGAAACUGCUGUCUGUGACUCCGAUCCUGUCCUGAAGGUGGAUGAUUCUCACUCUAGUUCGGUGGUCCUGACACCUAUAUCAGAGGUCUCGUCUGCAGACCUGUCUGUGUCCUCCCCACACUUCCAGAACCCGGACGGUCCGCUCGAACCCACCGCUGCCACCAGCGAGACAGCUGCUCAGCAGGACAACCCUAUGGAGGACACACCGGCAGAGAAGGACCCCAAAAAGACCAAACAACAUCUGCAUUGCCCCGUCUGCAAAGUCACAGUUAACUCCACCGUUCAGAUGGAUGCUCACAAUAGUGGCACCAAACAUAAACUAAUGAUGGAAGGCCAGAGUGUGUUGCCACGACGACGAGGGAAGACACUGUCAUCCCGCCCCUCAUGUAAAAGCAAGCGAUUGGCCAGUAAGGGGAGUGUGGGCGUGGCCAGCAAGAGCUUCUACUGUGAAGUUUGCGAGAUCCAUGUUAACUCUGAGACUCAACUCAGCCAGCAUAUGAACAGUCGAAGGCAUAAGGAUAGACUGGCUGGGAAACCCCCGAAGCCCAAGUUCAACCCUCAUACCAAGAGUCAGCCUACCUCAGCAGCCUCGCAUGACAGAGAGGAAAGGAAAAAGAGAGAGGAAGUUACUCGGGGGAGGAUGCUAGGAAACAGGCUCUUCAUGAUACAAGGAGGUGUCAGAUGGAAUAGUUAUGCGGGAGGCGCAGUGUCUGCUCUGAAGAAAGUUAUCAACCAAUGCAAUCUCUCCUCUCUGUCCUCACAGACUAAACUGGCUCUACAGAAGCAAUUGACAAAAAAUUUGACCGCCAGCUUCCUUCCCACCCCCAUAACUCCACCCACCCUCUGCGCAGUCACAGCCAAUCAUCUCGCACUGCGACACCCGCCGGGCACUACUUUCAUUCAGACGCCGAUCCUCGGCCCUGCCCUCUUUAGGCCAGCGCCUGGACCUCUGAGAGCAACACACACUCCCAUCAUAUUUUCCCCUUAUUGAUCACCUCGAAACCAUGCAAGCACGCUCUCACAACAAGGGGGCACGUUCACGUGAUUUAGUCUUAUGAUCAGUUCUCAGUACUGACGGUCUCUGUGCAAACUUUGUCCGUGCUCCUGCUCUCUCCAAACUGUAUACACUGAGGUAUAUAAACACAAACACACACUCCCAUAGUGUUCCCUGUCCUCCUCAAAAACUGUGACUCUGAAAGAGUCACUCUUGAACUAUGCAGCAAAGGGAGAGAGAGUGUGUGAGAGGGAGAGAGAGAGCAAGACCAUAUAUGGGAAUAUGGGCGGGGCCUCAUUGAUAACACCAGCCCACUAUGCAGAUGAACGCUUUAAGGAUAGGACAAGACUGAUAAAGGAGUGAAAGAGCUAUAAGAAGGAUAUUUAGUUUUGCUUUAUGAGAUAUUUAUCAUUAUACAGAUAUUAAUCAGGUUUUUAUUCUAGAAUUUAUUAGAGGAAAGAUCAUUUUAGAGACCUAUAACUGCAUUAGCUGUUUGUUUAGUGAGGAGAUGCAAACAUCCCUUUACUUGAUCCUUUUAUUUUUAAGUAUUUAAAAUUGUUAUCAGUCUGUUUUCUUGUCGUUCCACGUGGAUAUAUUGCCGUUGGUCUGUGUAUUCGCACACAUUUUGAGUAACCUCAUCUGACCGGCUUUUGUUAUAAACACAAAGCUCAUUGGUCUGUCAGUUUACAGAUGCCAAGGCUUUCUGUCAUGGGUAAUAACAGAAUAACACAGAGUACUAGUCUAAUAUAUGAACUUGACAGUUUGGUAGCAAGGCAACACACACUUGUCCCAAUCAGUGUCGUAAUUUUCUCAGUGUUGAUGCAUAGAUUAGAUGAUUUUAGAUUGCAGAUGCACACACACACACACAUACACACACAACCUCAGAUGACAUGAUUACGGUUCAGUCACAGUUUGACGUGGCCUUUUAUGUCUGCAUAUUUUGCUUUCAGUAUUUCUUCAUUACGGCCUCACAAAGGUCAGUGUGCCUGUCAAAAAUCUGUCGGCAUCCCAUCUUGAUUUAGAUCUAAAACCUUACCACGUUAUUAGCUUGUGUGUGUGUGUGUGUGUUUCACUACUCCUGAUCUUAUUCAGAAUAACAUUUUUGAUUUUAGAAGCAUCAUUGAUUUAUUUACAUAGAAGAGCUAUUGCCAAAACAUAAUGGCGGUCACUGAAAAUACAUCAGUACUGAUAAAAUGAGGAUGCAGGUGUAAUUUCAGAUUACACUUGAAUAGCAACUUGUUAAAUUUCAGAUAUAUCAAACUUUCCUGCUACAAGUCUACACAAGUAUUCCUGUCAGUCUGAACAAGGUCACGUUGCUUUGCCCCAGAUGGUUUUGGAUGGACUAAGACUGAUUUUCUGUCUUCAGACAUGUAGAAUUAGACAUUACUGUUGAGUCUAUGUUGUUUGAUUGAAACCAGUUUUCAUCCUAUUUUCUUUUUUUUUUAAACGUGCCCUAGCAUACAGAGCUUUUUGUAAAUAUUUUAUGAAUACAGCUUUUAAAAGUGAAUCAUUAACAUUUAUAAUAUAUACAGUUAGAGUAAAUAUGUAGAAUUUUAUGAAAUGUUUAAUGUAGAUUCUUUAUCUGGUUAUUGUUAUUAAUGUGAUAAUAAGAACGUGCUCUACUUGAAGUUAUUACUUUUUGUCACCAUUUCUGCAGAGACAUGCAUCCUGAAAUAAGGAGAUAAUCUAAUGCGAAGUAGAUAAGAUUAUGUAGUUUUUACGUCAAAUUGUAAAUCAAAGUGCUUGUAAGAAAGCAACGGAAUAUAAGAAAUAUUGCUAAAAACGGGCUGAGACUCGGACACCCAGACAAGGCCGCAGAGCAUGGAGUCACGGGUGAGUCUCAAGCCCACUCAGGGCUCCUGAUUUUCAGAGAAUGGUUUGCCCUCGAGGGAAUGAAGCCUGGGGCCUUGAACAGAGCCUACUAUCAACAGCCAUAUUGACACUUCAACAGGCACAACAUGGACAAAUUCUGCAUUUUUUUUCUGUGGACACUUUAGAACAAGGACUUUGCUUGGAAAUGAAUCAAAUCUCUUAUUUGUGUGUGUGUGUUUUGAUAACUCCUCAAUGUCAAACUGUUCUCCAUAAGUUCCAAGAAAAGACUAGUGAAUGAGAAAUAACACUGGUCCAUCAGUGGGAUACCUUCAUGCUUUCUUGAGGCACAAGAAGACGUAACCGCACCAUUCCUAGUUGUCAUCCUCAUGAGGUCCAUAAAGCAGAUAUGGCUGUUUAUGAUACAUUUGACUGUGACGGUGGUCUCUGGUAGGUGGCUGAUUUUACAUGUUGUCCAAAAGUAACAGUUCCAAAAUAUCUUCAAGGUUGUUUGUUGGGAUUUUAUGUUUCUUUUUCAGUUCAGUGAAAUUCAAUCUUUAAGCAAUAAUGACGGAAACUGGAACCUUUUUAAGAAAACGGAAGAUUACUCUGUUUCUUUCUCUCUCUCUACCUUUUGUGUACAUGUUUCUUCCCUCGUUCUCUUAAUGUUGUGAGUGCUCUUAAUAGUGUGCACACUGUUCCUAUCACCAAUCUGGAGGACAAUGGAAAGCUUGCAUUUCUCUCCCUUUAUUUUACACAACGAUGGAAUCUGUUUGUCCCAGAACAUUCAUGAAAAUGUCCAUGCCAGCAGUGGCCAGAUAGUGGAUGACAUUUCUAAUUUCUUCCAUGUUGGUUUGGGCUAAUUUGACUAUUCGAUUCACAUUCCCUUUUACCUCCUGCUCUAGUUUACCUGCCUUGUGCCAAAAUAUAUACAUAUAAUUUUUUUUUCAAUAAUCCAAUAGACUGCACAUACAACCUAUGAGAGUGAAACUCUCAUAUGAUCAGAAAGCACAAAAAAUAAAAGAAAUCUGUUUUUCCCAUGAAUGUUUAAAUCAUUAAGCCUCCUGUGAAAAUGUAUGUGUGCGUGUAAACUGAGAAAUAUGUGAAUUGUGUCCAGUGUUUCUGGAACAUGAAGAUUUCAAUAACGUUUAAAAAGGGACAUGGCCAGUAUGAAGUAAUUUAAAUAACUGACAUCUAUGUUAUUUGUUCUCUGUGCUAAAUACAUUUCUGUCUGUGACUGAUCUGACGUGUCUGCUGUGCUGACACAAAGGAAAACGUAUUUUCAUAGGAUUUUGUGUCUUGGUUUUCUGACUCAUCUGCUCUUUCUCUGUACAGGGUAUGUAUGAAUGCGUGAAAACGAAAUAAAGCAGAGAGAGAGAAAUAAAUCGAUUAGUCUUCCA